CCCUUGAUGACGGACAAAUUUGCCUCAAUCAUAAAUGGUAAAUUUCUCCGUCAGUGCCAUGUUGAUUGAGUCAUUUUAUGGAUGUGCAUAGUUCUGCUACACUGUAAUUCGACAGGUUCGGCACUCCCUUACCUACCGGGUAUGGCAAUUCUGUCACCAUCAGACAUAUUAUUAAGAAACCUUCAGCCUUUGUACUUAUGCAAGGCCUCUAGCAACAGAGUUUUCCCUUCUGAUGAGUGUCUACUAUGAAUUUUAUGUAGUGGUGAUAAAGGUAUAGUUGCGGAUGACAUAGUACCGCUUACCUAAGCAGUGAUAUGCCAGGUCGCCCACCGCCAGGCAGUCGGGAUGCCGCCUAACCAGAUGAAGCUGAGUGCGACAUGGCCAUUGUGUGAUAUCGCAUUCCAUAGGCCGAUUCACCAAGUGCACUACGCUCUUUCCAGCUGAUCGAACUUAAUAUUUAUCUCUAUUUCUCGAACGCCUCGCCUACGAUGACCUCCCUCUUCUUCUCCACGCCCGUCGACAUCGAUGUGGUCCUCGAAGACAGCGAUGAGCGUCAGACGGUUGAUGUCAAGCUCGACAAGGGCCGUCGCGAGAGGGUCCCCCUCUACAUGGACGGAGAGUCUGUCAAGGGUGCUGUGACGGUCAGACCUAAGGAUGGAAAGCGUUUGGAACACACGGGCAUCAAAGUGCAAUUCAUUGGCACGAUCGAAAUGUUCUAUGACCGCGGUAACCACUACGAAUUCCUGUCGCUGGUACAGGAGCUCGCAGCUCCCGGAGAACUGCAGCACCCCCAGACCUUCCCGUUCAACUUCAAGAAUAUCGAGAAGCAAUACGAAUCAUACAACGGUAUCAAUGUUAAGCUACGAUACUUUGUCCGCGUGACAGUGUCCAGGCGCAUGGCGGACGUGAUUCGGGAAAAGGACCUCUGGGUCUACUCCUACCGCAUGCCCCCGGAGACCAACAGCCCCAUCAAGAUGGACGUUGGUAUCGAAGAUUGCCUGCACAUUGAGUUCGAAUACUCCAAAUCCAAGUACCACCUCAAGGAUGUCAUCGUGGGACGCAUCUACUUCCUCCUCGUGCGCUUGAAGAUCAAACACAUGGAGCUAUCCAUCAUCCGUCGUGAGACGACUGGAUCUCCGCCAAACCAGUACAACGAAAGUGAGACGCUCGUGCGCUUCGAGAUCAUGGAUGGAUCACCUUCCCGAGGUAAGUCGAUGGCUCGGACUCACCUGGCUCUCAGACACCGCAACACGUCACAUCUGCGGCAUUGUCACAGCCGAACAUCUCUUCUGACCUAUUUCUAGGUGAAACCAUCCCCAUCCGUCUGUUCCUGGGGGGAUUUGACCUUACCCCGACAUUCCGCGACGUGAACAAGAAGUAUUCGACACGCUACUACCUCAGCCUGGUGCUUAUCGACGAAGGUACGUGAUGCUACAUCCAUUUGCGUUUCAUCUGCGUUUUAGCCUUGUUUUGCGACUGCCGUUCAUGAAUCCCGUCUGGCGUGGGAGCACCACAUCGGCCAUCCCACGCAUGUGAGACCAGGCCUUGGGUUGCAAAGGCGUGGUGGCUAGCUAGCCGGCCCACUUCCUCCAUACCAUCAUCCCACGGCAUCCCACCACCCAGGUCAAUAGCCGG